AUGGAGCUCACGGUACCGCCGGAGCCAGAAUCGGAAGCAGGCAAACCAGACGGCAAGAAUGAUUUCGCUGUUGACGUGAAAUUCUUGGACGAUUCCGUGAAAACGUUCCAAUUGUCGCUCAAGGAAGAGGGUCAGAUCCUAUUCGACCAAGUCUGCCACUACCUCAAUUUGGCCGAAAAAGACUAUUUCGGCCUCGGCUACCAGGACACGCAAGGAGUCCGCUACUGGCUCGACUACGGUAAACGAAUGGGCGAUCAGCUCGGACUAGCCAAUAGGAAUCAGCCCCUGAUGGAGUUCGAAGUGAAGUUCUACGUGCCCGAUCCCACUCAACUCGAAGAGGAGUACACCCGGUACCUGUUCGCUCUACAAAUCAAAAAGGAUCUCGCUCUGGGAGAUCUCGUCGCGGAAUCUGAAAACGUCAUCGCUCUCCUCUGUUCGUACGUUGUUCAAGCUACAUUCGGUGAUUACGUUCACAGCGAAUGCGGUGACGGCGAAUAUCUGUCGAAAACGAAAUUCACACCCAAACAAACGCGGCGUUUCGAAGAGCUCGUGAUGAGCUAUCACAAAAAGCACGUCGGCCAGUCACCGUUCGAUGCCGACUUGAACCUUUUGGACCACGUCCGAAAAUGUGAGCUCUACGGCGUCAAGAUAGUGAGCGCACGAGACAACGGACAGGUCGUUCUCAACCUUGCCGUGGCGCACAUGGGCAUUCUCGUUCUGCAGAGUUCGACGCGAAUCAACACGUUCUCAUGGUCGACGAUACGGAAAUUGAGCUUCAAACGCAAGAGGUUCCUCAUCAAGUUCCAUCCCACCGAAGGUUACGGCUACUACAAGAAAGUCGAGGAGUUCACGUUCGAUUCGAGGAACGCAGCAAAGAGCUUCUGGAAGCGCUGCGUUGAAAACUACUGUUUCUUCAGAUUGAGCGAACUGCCGAAGGCUCCCGUCAGACGAAACACAACGAAAAUCUUCUCCAAAGGUUCCUCGUUCCGCUACUCGGGUCGCACCCAACAGCAAGUGCUCGAGUUCGCACGCGACGCAUGCGAGCCGUCGCGGGGCGCAGCGUUCCGUAGGACUCUGACCCUCCGCCAAGGCUGGCCAUCGAUCGGGAAGCACUCCGUAGACGCUCCGAGUCGGGGUAGCGCCUACAUCACCGCGACCCCACCCCCCGCGUCUACGUCGUCACCGAUCGUGGAAGAAAAACGAUUAGCUCGAGAAGAUCAACACCGGAGAUCGCUGACCUCGAGGAGUGACCACGGGAAUUCCCGUCCACAGAGCUUGCGGCUAAUCGCAGAGACGAACCGAGUCGGGAACUUCUUGGCCGACGACGGCCCGGCCAGGAACCUGUUCCUGGAACUGCACUCGUCGCCAACGCAAACCCCGUCGAACAACAGCAGACCGAAUUCAUUGCAAGUCGAGGAGACUAGCUACUACGUGUCUAAAGAAUUGCUCAUGACCGAACGCACGUAUAAACGCGACCUGGAGAUCAUAACUUUUUGGUUCCGUAAUCAUUUCGACAAGACAAUCGGGUGUCAGCAAUCGGAGGACGAGAACUCGGUCGCGGACGUAGCUUUCAUUCAACAGCUUUUCGCCAAUUUAGAACCGAUGUUCAAACAUCACUGUCAUCUCUUGAGGGACUUAGAACAUCGGAUAGCUGCCAUGGAGGGGCGACCAGUGACCGGAGUCAACCCGGUGAGCCUGGAGGAUGUCGGGAGUCUUCUCUGGGAAUACUGCGACCUUCUCGUUCCGAUUUAUCAAGAGUACGCGAGCAAACUGCUCAGCUUACUGGAAGCGUACGAGGAAGCGUUCAACUCAAGCGCCAGCUUCCGUUGUAGCAUCGAGAGUUUCGAGAUGCAUAAAUCGUGUUACGUGCCCCUCACGCUACUCUUCACCAGACCGCUCCACAGACUGUCUCACUACGCGCGCACUUGCUCGAAAUUGGCCAAGUGUUACCACGCCAACCAUCCGGACAGCAUACACUGUCGGAAUGUCAUCCAAAAACUGAAACCGGUCAUCACGCCGAUGAACAGCGAAGCUCAGAAAACGAAGAACCGGGUGAAGCUCAUGGAGCUCGAGCGCGAUCUCAAGGACGUGGACGGAAUUCGCAAGAAGCAGUUCCUGCUCGAAGGCUGCCUACUGAAGCUCUCGAAAAAGGGGUUCCAGCAGCGGAUGUUCUUCCUGUUCGACGAUUGCCUCGUGUUCGCUGACCGAUGUCCCGACAGUCCAGGUUUAAAGUUCAAAGCUCGCGGCCAAGUACAGCUGAGAGGCGUUGUGGUGGAGGCCAGUGAAGCGCGAAUGGGAAACGAAUACUGCUUCACACUUUACGCCCCUCAGCGCGCACUGACGUUGGCCGCACCUUCGGAAGAUCAACGACGCCGCUGGCUGACUGCUAUCCAGCGAGCCGUGGACGCGUGCUCUUUCCCUGAUGAAGAAAUUCACGUGUACAGCACGCUUCGUUCCUGUUCUUCGUCGGAUAACAUCGUGGUCAACGGCAGCACCGUCAACAACAACAACAGUAUCAACAACAAGAACAAUAAUAAUAAUCAAUAUCUCCAUCUUAACAAGAGCAACCAAUACCCUCGUUGUAACACAACCCUUCAUGUUUGCUGGCUUCGUCAAGUGAGCGCCGCCCGGGACGAUUACGAGAAGGCCGGUCUCACCCAGUGCAUGUCCGGAUACCUUCUGCGUAAAUUCAAGCAUUCGACCGGCUGGCAGAAAUUGUGGAUAGUUUUCAGCGACUUCAGCUUGUUCUUCUAUAAGUCAUACCAGGACACGACGCCGCUCGCUUGCUUGCCACUGCUUGGUUAUAGUGUUGGUUUUCCGGAUGCGGCAGAUAACAUUGACAAGUCCUUUGUAAUUAAGCUACAGUUCAAGUCGCACACGUAUUUCUUCCGAGCCGAGAGCGAGUACACUUUCCAGCGAUGGCUCGAAACCAUUAGGACGGUCAUACACGAUCCUAACUGA